CACGCCAGCCCUUUUUUUCCCUUCUUUGACGUCAGACUAACCAUUGACCAUGGUUCCUUCAUGAGUCCAUUGCCCAAUUCACUCUUUAUUCAUUAUUACUUUUAGGCCGAUGCUCUACUAAACCCGGCACCCACUCUUCCCUUUCUCUCUUUCUUCGUCUCUUCUGCACACUCAAUCUAGAACAUAAAGUGUCCGAUCCACCAGUCUCUCAAUUCUUUUUUUUUUUGGCUCUCUUCUAUUUCUACACUCCCCCACUUCUCUCCCCCUCAGCUGGUCUGAUUCUCUUUCUUCUGUCACUAUCUUAUUGAGUUCCUUGAAUUGGAAACCCUCUACUUGACUCUCCCGCCACGCUGGUCUCCACAUCUACUCGCUCGUGAACCACGCUGCCCCAGAUUCUCACCACAAGCACCAUCAACCACUUUCUACCAGUCAUAUUCACAGUCAAUUUGAUCAAUUGACCUCUCCAAACUUUCAUCAACGGGCAGACCACGUCCCCUACCGUCCCGGAUCCUCUCGGCUUUCAAUUGCGCAUUCCUAAGCUCUCUCUCUCCACCGCACCCCCACCAGUCUUCACUACUAGUGAUUCUCAAGUGGAUCCUAAAGGAAGCACGCAUCUACUCCUGAAGACCGGCAAAAGCACAAAGCCCUCUCAGAAAACUAUCCCAACACACGGUGCAUAUAUCUUUCACCAAUUCCAUUAUCCACUAUGUGUCGCCAAUACUAUACUCUCUACGAAUGGUGCCAUUGUGAGGAAGACGCCGGUAACAGCGUCUGCUCGGGUCACCGUCGCAAUAGUUGUCCCGGCAUCAGUAUUGAAACCGUUCACAUGCAUUGCUUCUGCAAUUCUCAUGCCACCCGGGGAUUCAAGACUGAGAAGGAAACUAAAAAGGAGGAGAAGAAGAUUCGACGUCGGUCUCAGGAUUCUUACGAGGAGAAGGCUUCUCUAGGUCGGCGGUGGUUCCAAUGGUAUCAAUGGAGAGGGUUGCGAUCGCGGUAGAUGAUUGCGCUGCGUACUCUUUGAACGCCCUCUUCUCUGAGUAAAAUCCUCUUUCAUAGAGGCUGACUUCUUUUCAUGUUUAUGCUUUCAGCUUUGGUGUUCAGGCUGAUUUUGAGUUAUUUUUUUGGAUUUGGCAACGGCUACUAGGAGUGGAGCUCUUUAUGGGCGUGGUUUGUUUCUGCUUUUUAUGGGCUAUGGAUUCAUGGCACUUUCUACCUUUUUGAUCUACAGAAGACUCUGAAAAAAGAUUCAAAGAUAGAUAGAAAAAUCUUGAUUAGAUAUUUAGAUGACCAUGAUUCGGUUGAUUAUUGUAAAGGAAUAAAGCUCGUUGUGGAUCGGGA